UGACGUGGCGAGGACCCCCCCCCCCCCCCCGUAGUCUGGCAAGGAGAGUCCUUGCUCGACUACCAAGCGAGCCUGACUGCUGCUGCUGCUGCAGAGACUGAGUGUUGAGACCGGUCCAGACUUUUUCUGCUGAACCAACGCUGCUUAAAGUUCAGUCCGCAACCCCUAGAAGUGCCGUGUGACUGAUGGGGAUGUUUCGAUUUAAAGCUUUCGUGACUGCAGGUAUUCAUCUUCUUGGUUCUUUCGGUAAAGUCACGUCUGUCGGACCUGUUCUUCACCUGAGGACGGCUGCUUGUGUUGUGGCCGAAACGUCGUGAGAAUUGUAUUUUAUGUUUUAUUUUUAUUAUUUUAUUAUUUACCUUCUACGUGACUUUACCGAAAGAACCAAGAAGAUGAUGGGGAUGUGUAAACAAAACGUUCGUUUGUCCAUAAUAUAGGUUCUCUGGGUUACAUCUCGUAAAUAUAUAAAUGCGUCGUUACACCACAUUAUCCAUGCACAUUAUUCAUGCACAUUAUGUGAAAGCCUUCGUGGUAAACUGAGUGCGAGGCGGACGGAAACGAAGAGGAGGAGGGGGGGGCGCAAGUCGCCGCGUCUUGAGCCGCAUCGCGCCGCCCCCUCCCUGCGCCGCGUUGCGUGGGGCCCCCGGGGUCAUUGAGCACGUGGAGACGGACGGCUCCGGAGGAUUUCCUCUCGCAAUGGGGCUGCUGUCGCGCGUGGCACUCGGCCUGGUGCGUGGCGCCGACCGCACCUCGCCGUUUACGAGCAAGCGCGGCCCACGAGACUUCUACAAGGGCCGCGGGGCACGCAUCGCCGGGCGUCACACGCCCUCGGGGAAGUUCGUGCCGGUGCGGGAGAUGAUCCCGGAGCUGGUGGUGCCGGACUUGACCGGCUUCACGCUGCGACCUUAUGUCUCGUACCGGGCGCCCCCCGGCUCGACGGCACCGCCCACCGCGCAGAGCCUCUUCGAUGCCGUGGUGGCUCCUGACAUGGAGCGCGACAUCAAGGCCGGAGCCUUCGACCCGGACGCGCUCGAAAAGUAUGGGUUUGAGCCGUCGCAGAGCGGGAAACUAUUCCAGCUCUACCCCAAGAACUUCCCGCGGUGAUCUCCCUCCCUGCCUGCCCUGCCCGCGGCUCUCCUUCGUUCCUGCAAAAUGAAUAAACAAAACGUUUGCCUCCA